ACGUGCGCCCGCGCCGGGCAGGCGUUCAGUGAAGCGCGGCCACGCCUGGGCCGGCCACCAUUUCCCGGGCGCCGCGGCGGCGCCGACUCGCGGGCAGCGGCCCCUCUGUGCGCCCAGCCGGGCCCCCGAACGCCGGGAGCAUGAGCGCGGGCUCGGAGCGCGGGGCGGCGGCAACCCCCGGGGGUUUGCCCGCGCCCUGCGCCUCGAAGGUGGAGCUGCGGCUCAGCUGCCGGCACUUGCUGGACCGCGACCCGCUCACCAAGUCCGACCCCAGCGUGGCGUUGCUGCAGCAGGCGCAGGGCCAGUGGGUGCAGGUGGGCAGAACCGAGGUGGUCCGGAGCAGCCUGCAUCCCGUGUUCUCCAAGGUCUUCACGGUGGACUACUAUUUCGAGGAGGUGCAGAGGCUGCGCUUUGAGGUGUACGACACGCAUGGGCCCAGCGGCUUCAGCUGUCAGGAGGACGACUUCCUGGGGGGCAUGGAGUGCACCUUGGGGCAGAUUGUGGCCCAGAAGAAGGUGACCCGCCCGCUGCUGCUCAAGUUUGGCAGGAACGCCGGCAGGUCCACCAUCACGGUGAUCGCCGAGGACAUCUCAGGGAACAACGGCUACGUGGAACUCUCCUUCCGAGCCAGGAAGCUGGACGACAAGGACCUCUUCAGCAAGUCCGACCCCUUCCUGGAGCUCUACCGGGUCAACGAUGACCAGGGCUUGCAGCUGGUGUACAGGACGGAGGUGGUGAAGAACAACCUGAAUCCGGUGUGGGAGCCCUUCAAAGUCUCACUGAGCUCCCUCUGCAGCUGCGAGGAGACAAGGCCUCUAAAGUGCCUGGUCUGGGAUUACGACUCUCGAGGAAAGCACGACUUCAUCGGAGAAUUCUCCACCACCUUCAAGGAGAUGCAGAAGGCCUUUGGGGAGGGGCAGGCCCAGUGGGACUGUGUGAACCCCAAAUACAAGCAGAAGAGACGUAGUUAUAAGAACUCAGGAGUGGUCGUCCUGGCUGACCUCAAGUUCCACAGGGUGUACUCGUUCCUGGACUAUAUCAUGGGCGGCUGCCAGAUCCACUUCACCGUGGCCAUUGACUUCACCGCCUCCAACGGAGACCCGAGGAACAGCUGCUCCCUGCACUACAUCAACCCCUACCAGCCCAACGAGUACCUGAAGGCACUGGUGUCUGUCGGCGAGAUCUGCCAGGACUAUGACAGCGACAAGAGGUUUUCCGCUUUGGGGUUUGGAGCCCGGAUCCCUCCCAAGUAUGAGGUGUCCCAUGACUUUGCCAUCAAUUUCAACCCUGAGGAUGAUGAGUGUGAAGGCAUCCAGGGCGUGGUGGAGGCCUACCAGAACUGCCUGCCCAGGGUCCAGCUCUACGGCCCCACCAACGUGGCGCCCAUCAUCUCCAAGGUGGCACGCGUGGCGGCGGCCGAGGAGAGCAGCGGGGAAGCCUCUCAAUACUACAUCCUGCUGAUCCUGACGGACGGCGUGGUGACCGACAUGGCCGAUACACGGGAGGCCAUCGUGCGUGCCUCACGCCUGCCCAUGUCCAUCAUCAUCGUGGGCGUGGGCAAUGCCGACUUCACCGACAUGCAGGUCCUGGAUGGCGACGACGGCGUCCUGCGCUCCCCGCGGGGUGAGCCUGCGCUCCGGGACAUCGUACAGUUCGUGCCCUUCCGGGAGCUCAAGAACCAGAGAGAACAGCACGAGGGUCUCCUGGGAUCCACCACGCGGCUUCCCCUGUCACUGCCAACCUCUGCUACCUGGCAAGAAACGCACAGCACACGUGAGGUUCUACCCGGCAUCCCCUGCAGCGCUGGCCAAGUGCGUGCUGGCCGAGGUCCCGAAGCAGGUGGUGGAGUACUACAGCCGCAGAGGCCUGCCCCCGAGAGGCCUGGGCGUCCCUGCCGGAGAGGCCAGCCCAGGCUGUACCCCGUGAAGACGUGGAGGGCGUGGGGAGGGGCAGUGAGGAGUGGGUCCGUAGAGCCUUGGUCUCCAGCACGCUUGGGGUCCCUUAAGCUCCCUCCAACCUCCCAGAAGCCUCCAGGCCCCACCAGGCCCCACUCCCAGUCCUCCUGGGAUCCUGCUGGCUUGGGCCCGGCUCUGUGGCCCCCAAGGCCGAAGGGUGACAAAAUACAGGCCCCCAUGCCUGGCCCUGCCUGAGCUAGGUGGGUGGAGGGAGGGAGAUCAUGAGGGACUUGGAGGGGCCUGGGAGUUCAUCCAGGGGAGACCCUGCCCCGAUGAGAAGGGGCAGGGACUGGGGGCUCUGCUUUGCAUCUAAUCUUUGUGGGGGAGGGCCAGCAAGGCAGCACCCCAGCGCCUGAGAAAGCCCGGGGACCCAGACACCUGUCCCCACAGUCAGCCUCCUGUCCCUGCUGGUGCCCCCACACCCACCCACCCUGUGCUUUUUGCUGUCCAGCCUCUGCACCUGGGUCCAUGGGGUCUGCGGGGUCUGCCUGGCCUGUGGGUUCUGCUGGUGGGGCUUCAGGAGUAAUAAAGUGUCACCCUACC